GGGGGGGCUGGGCAGGCGUGACUUUCCGGGACUUCUGGGGCCUCCCCGACGGGGCGGUCUUGGGAAACUGUUGCUGCCGUGCUGGUGGCUCUUGUUCCGGCCGAAGCAGAAAGCCUGAACCGCGCGGGACGGAGAAAGGGAAGGCCGGGGUGGGGAGGGAAGGGGAGAAGCGACCGGCGAGCACGGAGAGUCGGGGCGAGCACGACGGGAAGGGCGGUCGGGAGCCCGGCCCUUGUUUCCUUCCACCCAUCGCCCUUCUUCCGCCGCGGGCGAUGCAUCUCCUGGUCCUGAUGUUGCUUGGAUGGGUUGGCACGCCAGGUGUCUAUGAAGCUCUGAAUGUCACCGUUUCUCCGGGACCCAGAGUACAAUACGUGGUAGGCGACAAUGCUACCCUCUUUUGCCAUGUGUCUCAAAAAAGGCGAAUAGAGAAUCUUCUGGCUGUCCGGUGGCUCUUUGCCCUUCCGCCGACCCAAGAGUACCUGAUGAUCAAAAUGACUAAAUAUGGAGUAGUCCAGUACUAUGGGAAUUACAACCGUCAAUUCUAUAAGCAAAGACUUCACCUUCUCGAGGAGAGGCAUAGGACGAUGUACACAUUUUUUAUCCUGAAUCUCCAGCAAGCUGACCAGGGACACUAUAUUUGCAAAGUUCAGGAGAUUGGCAAGUACAGGAACAAGUGGACAGCAUGGUCGAACGGUAGCGCGUCUACGGAAAUCCAAGUGAUUUCAUCCAGAGUUUCGGAUGACUCCAACGCUGAGGAAAACCACAAGGCCUGGAAGUUCUUUGAGGACCUGUAUGUCUACGCUGUGUUCGUGUGCUCCAUAGGCAUCGUCAGUGUCCUGCUAUUCACCGUGGUUGUCCUCUGCCAGACACUGAUCAACAAAAAACGCUCCCGUGUGAAACAUUACUUGGUGAAGUGUUCCCAGAACAGCUUAGGGGAAACAGUCACCAGUGUGACAAGCUUGCCUCCAGAACAGCCUGUAAAAAUCACGAAGAAGAAGAAGAAGAAGAAAGUUGAGCAGCCUCCUGCCAUCCCAGCCAAAGCACCGAUAUCCACCUCUUUCCCUAAGCCCAAGCUUCUGAAACCACAAAGGAAAGUCCUUCUGCCAAAAAUCGCUGAUGAGAAUCUAACCUAUGCUGAACUGGAACUCAUCAAACCUCACCAGGAAGCGCAAGGCAUUCCAACUAUGACUGUUUACGCUCAGAUUCUCUUUGAAGAAAACAAGAUGUAAAUGCAUACCCCGGACAGGUCCUGUUUUUGAUGGCAUAUUUAAAUUCCUUUUUUUGUGCUCUUUAUAGAUAAAACGUUCUCUUCUUUU